UGUCUUGUUCUAUAAAACAGUCUCUUGUACUUUUCAACUUUGUUGUUUGUUUUUAUUUACAGAGCUUGUGGACAAGUGCAUAGGCUCCCGCAUUCAUAUUGUGAUGAAGAGUGAUAAAGAAAUUGUUGGAACACUUCUAGGAUUUGAUGACUUUGUCAAUAUGGUGUUAGAAGAUGUUACAGAAUUUGAGAUUACACCUGAGGGCAGAAGAAUCACAAAACUAGACCAGAUUUUGUUAAAUGGAAAUAACAUAACAAUGCUGGGUCCUGGAGGAGAAGGACCUGAAGUAUAAAUCGAAACAGUUGUCAUCUAUGAAGACAUAUAUAUAUGUAAUAUUAUAUAUA